GCAACCGACUAAGCAAAGAAAUUAAGUUUGUACUUGUACAAACUCCAACAUACGACCACACGUUAGGCCCCGUGAACAGAUUUUGUUGUUUUCGUUCGUCACGUAUUUGCGCAUAAGCUCUCUACGCACAACACCGCAGUCGCUUAUCAAGCGCCGGUCUGGGUGGUUGUAGAAUAGUACUUGACUCUUCACAGGGGACUGCAUAUUGAUUAGUUUAAAUAAGUGCAAUAUUAUGGACAGUCUAAAGCGGGUUUGUGUCGAACGGGCUCCCCAUCGGCUGGAGGAAGCUCACGGUGAACUUUUCACCCAAGGUGUCCUCGGAUUCUUGGCCGAACUGCUCGCCGAAUUUGAUGACGACGUUGAAAAGCUUUUGAGACGCAGAUUGGAGCGUCGGCUGCACAUCAAACAGGGUCGAUGGAAGCCGGAAUUCCGGAACAGCAGUGAGGACCAGGAUUGGAAGAUCGAGGAGCUUCCGGCGAGACUGCGCAAUCGAAAGCUUGAUUUGGGUGAUGUAAGCCCGGCGAACACGACCAACUUUGUGGACUGUCUGUACGCCAAGGUUCAAGGCAUUCAGGUGGACUUUGACGAUGGACACUGUCCGACGUGGCGGAACACGGUGCAAGGGUUGUACAAUGUUACGAGAGCGGUUCACGCGAGGCUACCUGGGGCGCCGGCAGAUAUUCAGCAGUGUCCGGUGUUGAUGCUAAGACCGAGGGCGUUCAACAUGAUCGAGCAUCACUGCAUGGUCAAUGGGAAGGAAGUGGUUGGGCCGUUGUUUGAUUUUGCCAUAUUGAUGUACCAUAAUGCGAAGUUGAUGGCCAGUUUGGACGUUGGACCUUACUUUUAUUUGUCGAAGAUCGAAGGCCCCAACGAAACUCAACUGUGGAACAAGAUCUUCACUUGGACCGAGCAUCGCCUUGGUCUCCGCCGGGGAACCAUUAAAGCUUGCGUCCUGAUCGAGAACAUUUUGGCUGCGUACCGCAUGGAGGACAUUCUGUACUCACUCCGGGAGCAUGCCAUAGGGCUGAACUGCGGCAUUUGGGACUAUUCGGCGAGUAUCAUCGCAAAGUUUGGCGACAGUCCGGACUUUUUGAUUCCGGACCGGAACAAGUACGUGAAUAUGGGUCAACCGUUUCUGGCGAAUUACAUGCGCCUGUUGAUCAACGUUUGCCAUAGGCGAGGAGCGCUGGCCACCGGUGGAAUGGCCGCCAAGUUACUGCCCUGUGGGAAGGGGUCGAACAGUUUAGCGGACGAAAUUACAGAGAGCGUAAAACAAGCCAAGUCAGUGGAAAUUGACGCUGGAGUUGAUGGUUUCAUGGUUUACGAUCUUCGUAUUGUUGACGCCGUCAACGAAAUGUGGCAGAGAAAAUGUCCAGGCGACAACCAACUAUCGAUCCUCCCAGAUGUAGAUCGGAUCACUGCAGCUAGUCUCGUAAAGAUUCCGGAAGGUGGAGUCACAAUUGAAGGGCUCAAUCACAACAUAUCGGUAGCCUUACUCUUUAUCUACCACUGGUUUACCGGAAGUGGAGUGUUCUAUCUGAACGGCGCCGUGGAAGAUUCAGCAACGGCGGAGAUUUCCCGAUCACAGAUUUGGCAGUGGAUUCGCCAUCGGGCCGCCAUCGAGGGCAAACCGGACGUGCUUGUGACGCGUUCGCUGGUGUACACCAUGCUCGAUGGGAUUAUUUCCCGGGCGUACAAGUCCUGGUGCACGUCGAUUCCGGACAGGAAGAGGUUACUCUCGUCCAAGUACGUACUGCUGGAGAUUAUCUCGGCGAGGGAGUACAUUGAGUACAUCACGACUUAUUUGAACGAUAGCCACAAGUUUAGAACGCUGCACAACAAGAACGAUGGGCUGGAGUCGAAGUUGUGAGCUGAAAAUUGUUGUGUGAUUUUGAUAUUGAUUGCAUUUGUUUCAAGCAUUUUUUGGUAGGUUUAUCCUUGGUUCUAAGAACAUUUUAGAAUAACGAAGUCAAUUCGUGCAAUACUGUGAAUCAGACGCAUUUGUUAAAUAUAAUGUUAUUGUUGAAAGAA